CUUGAGAUUAGUCCGUGUGUGCAGAUCAAUGGCCGCGUGUCGCAGUGUCAUGCACAGCAGUUCAGGAGCCGUCUACAUAGGGGCUCUGGAUCUGGGUUUGAGGAGACAGUCCUCUUGCCCAUUUUACCAUCCUAUCUGCCACAACUGGAUCUGAUCUCUCUCACAACCACAGCAACCCCUUGUGAAAUAGUUUUGAGUCGGUCUCACCUGCAGUCAAAGACGAGGAGAGGAAGUAUAAGUGGCAAUAAACUAGAACAAAUCCUCCAGGAGGUGUUAGAAUCUCACGGUGAAUGAUGGACGAAGGAGCUGAGGGGGGACCUCCCUCGCAGCUUCCAGAGGCAUGGAGACCUCCUGAUGGGAGACAACUGCUUCUCCCUGCCACUAUGGAGGAAGAUGGAUCAACAGAUGUGGAGUGUGGUGGCCAAAGGACUGGGGGCAAAGCGGCGCAGGGAUGGAUUUAGGUCUCCUGUGGUGACGGUGCUGUUAGGAUACCACAGCUGGGUCAAACAUGUGGACAACAGGAUUAGUUCUGAGUUUUAUAUCACCCGAUGCAUGUUCUGAAACAUAACGGAGAAGCUUCGGGUGGCUGGAUACUGCAGAGGGGAGACUGUGGUGGAUCUGUAUGCAGCUGUAUCUUAUGUCAGGUAUUAGAUGCCUCCCCCCCCCCCCCCAUAUCUGGUCCACGCGGAGGGGGGGGGGGGCAGUCGCAUUCACGCCAGUGAGUGGAACCCUGACGCAGUUAAAGCUUUGUUAAAAAAACUCGAGGCAAACGGGGUGUCGGAACACUGCACCGUUCACCGAGGAGACGACCGACAAGUAAUGUGUUUCCAUCUGCACGCCGUCCUGCUGGUGUGAGGCGCAUCGUUUACACAC